AUGACGAAAACCAGCCCUGGAAUAUUACACUCGAAAGUAAAAACGCUGGCUUUCGUUUUGCAGCUUCAAAAAGGUUUGGUCUUUUUCAUGUGUCGACUCGACAUUGUUUGCUUCGCAAACCGGCUUUCUUCAUCGGGUGGAUGUCCACAGACCACCCGAUGGUUCCCCGCUUCUUCCGGACCACAGGAAGCCGUGAGUACCUACAAGGGGGAGCCGGAUUCGAUCCUGGGGACGACCUUCGUGUCAUUCCUGGUCUUGCUGCUCUUCAUUUGGGGCAUGCUGAUGAUCAAAGAGUUUCUAUAUAUCUACAAUUUCAUGUACGUGGUUUGGUACAUGCCCAGCACCACCGAUGAUGACGAGAACUUUGCCUCUGUGGUGGAUGGAAAGAUCCUGGUGAGGAAGAUGCCAAGUAUGCACAAGAUCUUUGGCUUAGUCUGCGUGGCUCUUCCAAGGCUUGUGAUCGCAGUGGUCAUUUUGACCGUGGGUGCAAGCUUCUUGAGCGCCACUAACAACUUGCAGGACCUGGUGUUGAACAGUACAGCUUUGUGCUUCUUGAUUGAAGUCGACAACAUGAUCCACGCGUCCUUCCUGGGGGAGAACUUUGAGAAGCAUGUGACGGACCAGUGUGAUGCGAUCAAAGUUCCCUCCAGUUCCUCUGGAACCUGGCAGCCUUAUCUGUUCUUGGCCGUGGCAUUGUUCACCACGGCCGGAUGGACCGGUUGGUCCUACUUCAAUCGCAGAGGCCUGGCGGCCAUUGGCACGGGGAUGGAAUGCCUCUGCCACUUUGCGGGUGAUUGCUAUGCCAGUUCCUUCGUGUCAACGUCCUGA